CGCUUGUCAUCACAACUGAAAUUGGUGAUAAGAAAGGGAAAGCAGCACAUCUUUCAAACCUUGGAAGAGUGUUUAGAACUGUUGGUGAUUAUGAAGCUUCGGAAGUAUGCUUGGAGAAAGCUUUAUACAUAUCCAGAGAUAUUGGAGCUGGAAGAACAGAGUUCGAAAUCCUUCGAGGCUACGCCAUUUUGUAUUUAUCUCAAAAUAAAAUCAAAGACUCUCUGUCGUGUCUUCAUCUGUGCAUUGAAAAGUAUGAAGAGCUGAGAUAUUUUUUGGGCGCCAAUGAUGAGUUCAAAACAUCAUUGCUGGAGCACUCAGGAAUAUUUCCCUACAAGCUGCUUUGUACUUUGCUCUGUGACACCGGAAAUGCUCGGGAUGCUCUCUAUGUCGAAGAGUUGGGUCGAGCUAGAGGCCUAUCAGACUUAAUGGCAGAGAAGUACUCGGUUGAAACGCAUAUCUUUGCUAAUCCACAAUCUUGGUUUGGCAUUGAGAACAUUUUAAGAAAGAAAAAUAACUGUACUUGUCUGUACAUUUCUUAUUUUCAGAAUCUUCUGCAUUUGUGGAUCUUGAAAACAAGUGGAGUCCUUCACCAUAGAAGAAUAUCAGUAGAAGAGAAUCUAGUUCAGGCUGGUUUGCCCAAAGAUUUGUCUUUGAGUCAAUUUUUGGAUGAUGAUUUCCGGGGUCUUGGUAUUUUGCCUACUAAAGAUUGUGAAGAUCGGUCUUUAAAUACGAUUAACGUGCAACCUCUCUCCCCCGCACAAAAGAGCUCAGCAACAUUGCGACUCGUCGAGGAGGACGAGGACAAGGAAGUCAUUUCAAGUCUAUCUUUGUGUUACAAAAUUUUUAUCGCUCCCGUUUAUGAUUUGCUGGAGGAGCCUGAAGUCAUCAUCGUUCCUGACCGCAGUUUGUACAAAGUUCCAUUCGCUGCACUGAGUGAAAAGGAGGGAGCCGAAUUCCUCUCGGAGACUCAUAAGAUCCGUGUCAUUCCUUCCUUGACAACACUCAAGAUUAUUCAAGAUAGUCCAGAGGGCUAUCACAGCAACACUGGUGCCUUGAUAAUAGGAAAUCCCAAGGUUGAUGGGCUGCCGUCAUUGCCAUGUGCAAGAAGGGAAGCUGAGAUGGUUGGACGACUGAUGUGUGUUCCGCCUCUGGUAGAAGAGAAAGCAACGAAGCAGGCGGUGCUUGAGCGGAUAGGUUCAGUGAGCCUGAUACAUUUUGCUGCCCAUGGCAACGCCCAAAGAGGAGAAAUUGCCCUCUCCCCCAUUCCUAUUCCCAACAGUCAAAAUGCUAUCCCACCACGUGCACGCGAAGCUUACAUGUUGACGAUGGCUGAUGUCUCACGAGUGAAAGUUAGAGCUAAACUGGUGGUACUUAGCUGCUGUCACAGUGGAAGAGGUGAGAUAACAGCCGAGGGAGUGAUAGGAAUUGCCCGUGCGUUCUUAGGAUCUGGUGCUCGCUCGGUGUUAGCUGCGCUGUGGGCCAUUCCAGACUUAGCAACGGAGCAGCUGAUGAAUCGGUUCUACAAACACCUUGUUGAAGGAGAAAGUGCCAGUGAAUCCCUUCAUAAAGCCAUGAAGUGGAUGAGAAAAAACGGCUCGAGAAAAAUGUCUGAGUGGGCUUCGUUUACGCUGAUUGGAGAUGAUGUGAGGCUCGAGUUUGACCCUGAAGCAGAGGAAAGAGGAUGAGAAUAUCUCGAAGGAAACAGACCUUAGAGACUUUUAAAUGGAUGAACAAAUAGAACGAGUUAAAAAAAAUUCUCUAUCAGUUAUUUUAUUGUGUAAUUAAAGAAUGGGCAAUCUUCAAUUAAGCAUGUUAAUUAUAAUUUUUUUUGCGUUUUCUUUUCCGAUCUUCUCAGAAGGAGGUAUUGGUUACGUAUUCGAGAGAGAUUUUAUUCUGCGCAAAAAUGAUCUUAUCCGGCCCAUAUAAGUAGCACGAAACAUUAUUGACGAAGGGCUCUUAAGUAAAGUGAAAUCAGGAAAGUUGAAACAGUAGUUUAAGCAUCAAAAAUGAGCCAGUUGUCUUAAAGGGUUUUCUCUCAAAGCCUUUGAUUUUUUUGUUAUAGGUUUCGUUCACAGAAUCCUAAAUUUUUGACAAAAAGUCUUAAAAGAAAACCUUUCCUUAUGGUCAUUUCCAGUACCACUUCUUAGUGCUUAAAAGACUGAAAAAUACAUGGAUUUCUAAAAAGGACCAUGGAAAAAGCUAUCAAAGUCAAGAAUGGUAUUACUAGAAAGUGGAAAAGUUACGGCAGCAAUAUUUUGAGAGUAGUUCAAUAAGUCACUUAAGCAUCGUAAUGUUUGAUACGUUUUAAUUUUUUCAUGGUGAUUUAAUCGUUUUCAAGUCAGGUUAUUGUCAGAAAGUUGGUUUGAGAAUAAAAAUAUUCUUGUUUUUACCACACUUUUAUACACUCCUCUUUUUUGGGAAACUUUCCUAAGGGAUUAUGUAGUAAUUCCAA